AUGAAGAAUGAGCUUCUUUCUCAACAGGAUAUUUUUGAGAAACAGGAAUCUAAUCUCAAAUCAAAGGAGAAUCUUUUGCAGAGAAGGGAGUUCGAGCUGACAGAAAAGGAAAGCAGUUUGAAGAAAGGGCAAACUGAGUCGAAUAAGGAGGAGCUUAGAAGGAUGAAAAGGGAACAUGAAUGCUGGAUGAUAAGCUUGAACCAAGGGGAAAUUGAGCUGGAUUCCAGAGGUAGAAUUCUGGAGAUCAAAGAAGUUGAAAUUGCUUCUGACAAGGAAGCAUUGAUAAAAUGGGAAGAUAAGCUGCAAUCAGAUAAGAAAGAGCUUGAGAGAAAAGUAAAGCUGAUUUCAGAGAAAGAGCAUUGUUUGCUGAAAAUGGAAAACGACAUUAACCCAAAGACCACCGAUUUGGUGGAAAGAGCAAAUGAGCUUUUUUCAGAAGAGGAGAAUUUGCAGCGGAGGAAAACUGAUCUUGAUAAGAGAGAGGAAGUUGUAGGUAUUAAGUUAAAUGAGCUACAUUCUAAAGAUAACUUGUUGAAGAGACAGGUUGAAGAACUUUAUUCAAGGGAAAUUGUUUUGAAGGGAAGGGAAGACGAGCUUACUUUGGAUCAGAAAAUCUUUGAGACUGGGGGGAAUGAGGUUGAUUCUAUAGAGAAAGACUUAGUGAAAAGGAGAAAUCAGCUUGAUUCCUUUGAGAAUGAUUUGAAGACAAGAGAUGCUGAGCUCACUUUGGAGAAGCAACGUCUAGAGGAAAUGGAAAAUAAGGAAGAGCUUGGAAGAAAGGAAAAUCAGCUUGACUGGAGAGUGAAAAUCUUAAACAUAAGGGACGAUGAGCUUCAUUCUGGAGCUAGAAAUUUGGCCAAAAAAGAAAAGGAGCUUCAUUUGAAGGAGAAACAAAUUGAGACAUGGGAAAAUGAGCUUGUCUUGAAAUGGAAAGAUCUUGAUCAGUCCAAGGCAGAACUUGGUUCAAUAAAAUGCAGGAAGGUAAUGGACAGUUCCAUGCUGGAAACUGGAGAAAGUUUUGAAGCUACAGUAGAAUGCAUGGACAUGGAUAUGGAUGAAACAAAUUGA